AUGCGUCUGCACUACGCUCUUCUGGUGGUCGUGGCCGUCCUUGCGACGUGCAGCAGCGCCGCCGCGGUGACUGGAGCAGCGGACGACGUCAAAAUCCUGGCCACUACGUCGGAGACCCGAUUCCUGCGCGCGGCUGACACUAAGACUGCGGACGACACGAGCACCAUCAACCCCAAGGGCGAGUUCAUCGAACACAAGCUGCAGCGAGCGCUGACCAACCCGAAGAAGACGCAGAGGCUCUACAAGACGUGGUACAACAAGGGAUAUACCGCGAAGGACGUCGCCAACCAGCUUGACGACAAUGAGAGCAGAGAGCUCGAGGCGACGUACAAGGCGCUCUACACGGGCUACGCCGCCUACGUCAAGGAGCAGCAGUCGAAACAAUGA